UGUUGUUGUUCGGUGGACUUGACGUACGACGGUCGGUUAACAUUGGGCGCUGAAGAUGGCGACCUCCUGCCGGUUGCGCUUUGCAGCCAGAUUCGUGGGACGCAGAAGUUCGUUUGUAGCGUUCGUGAGAUAUGUGAGUGGUGGACCCCAGAGUUCCCUGCAAACGGAAGAGGCCCUGAGGGAUCACAACACAAAUUUUGGGUAUGAAAAGGUUUCGGAGCACGAGAAGGCUGAGAAAGUUCGUGAAGUUUUCAGCCGAGUGGCGGAAAAGUACGAUUUGAUGAACGAUGCCAUGAGUGCGGGAAUUCAUCGCCUUUGGAAGGACAGGUUGAUCUCGGUCCUAGGUCCGUUGCCGGGAAUGCAGCUCAUCGAUGUUGCUGGAGGAACCGGAGACAUUUCAACAAGAUUCAUUCAAGCUGUGAGAUAUCAAGAGCUCCAAGCUAAUGACAACACAGAUGCGGAUCUCGCUGAUGGCUCAUCAAGUCAGCGUGCACAUGCUUACGUUGUGGACAUCAACAGAGAAAUGCUGGAAGCUGGCAAACGACGGAAUGAUCUUCUUUAUCCUGAUAUAUCUUGGAGCCAAGGGGAUGCUGAGCAGCUGCCAUUUGGUGAUGGUCACUUUGAUGCGUACACUAUCGCGUUUGGUAUUCGUAACGUCACUCAUAUUGACAAGGUGCUCAGCGAAGCAUAUCGCGUAUUAAAGCCUGGAGGAAGAUUUCUUUGCUUAGAGUUCAGCCAGGUAGAAAAUCCACUGCUGCGUAGCAUAUACGACAAUUACUCCUUCCAAGUGAUACCAGUCAUGGGCCUAUUGUUGGCGCGGGACUGGAAGUCAUAUCAGUACCUAGUCGAGAGCAUUCGCAAGUUCCCAUGCCAGGAGCUGUUCAAGGAAAUGAUCCAGGCAGCAGGUUUCAGGGAAGUCACCUAUGAAAAUCUGAUGAAUGGAGUUGCAGCCAUUCAUUCAGGCUUCAAGCUUUGACGGAGGCAAGACAGAUAGAUGCGACAUCCUUGCUUUGUUCACCGCACUUCGGUUGCGUCCAUAUUCCCAGAUUGUUAAAAAAUACUGUUCCUUGUUGGUGUGUACAUAGAUGCUGUGUAUACGCCAGGGUCCUGGUGAAUUAUAUAAAUGACUGGCGAAUAUAUAAAUGAACUUAUUUAUGAAAGAA